UACACAUCGAUAUGAACUAUUCGUAACCAACAGUCCAUCGUACUUGUCGCGCUGAUAUCGGCCUGUAAAGCGCACAGCGUUCACAGCCCAGGAACGGGUUCGUAGACGGCCCAUCCAUCGCCCGGCGCACCAUCCGCGGCCGAAGGUUGAAACCGCCAUGGACUCGACCAACACCGUCGUCCCCAUUCUCGCUGCAGCCGUCACGAUUUGUUCUUACCUUUGGUUUCACAAAAAGCUCACACUUUCCCCAACACCCACUUCCACUCAGCCAACUCGGGUGACUGUUCGCGUGCGUGGUAUACCCCUGGAUUGGGGAGUCUUGGAAUUGCAAUCGUUUCUCGCACGCGACUCGCCUGACUCGUGGCUGACCAUCGGAUCCCUGGCUCCUGAGAUCAAUGGCCGCUCGUGUACAGCCACCGUCGCCUUCCCAGCCGGACGCUCCUGGAAGGUCCCUCCACUUGUCCCGGGCUCGGGUCUGUCCAAUACCCAGAUUACGCUUGACGAUCGGUUUCUCGGCAUCACUCCUCUCUUCACCCCCUCGGAGGACCACCACAAGGUGGACAUCAUUGCCAUCUCCGGCCUCGGCGGACAUGCGUUCGGAUCCUUCAAGCAGAGGGGUGGAGAGCACAUGUGGUUGAGGGACGCACUUCCGCAUGCCAUUACCGGGGAAGAUGGCAAGACGCCGUACGCGCGCGUCAUGAUUUAUGGCUACGAAUCGGGUCUUCUGGACGGCCAAAAUACGCAAAACAUUGAAGACCUCGCAAUAUCGUUCCACGACAGCCUUCUGUCGCUGGUUACGGCUACUGCUACAGCAAAGCCCAUCAUAUUUAUUGCCCAUAGCCUAGGCGGGUUGAUCGUAAAGCAGGCUCUCAUAAACUUGUCAAAGUCCACCGGCGAUGACCACCAGAGACUCCUUGGAGCCGUCUAUGGCAUUGUGUUUUUCGGUGUCCCACACGAUGGGAUGGAUAUCACAUCGCUCGUCCCGAUGGUGGAGAAUGGGCGGAACCGGUUCCUCCUCGAGUCCAUGGGGAAUAUAAGUUCACAAGUCCUCACCAUUCAACAGCGGGAGUUUCCCCACGCGUUAGGGACCGAAGACAAGUCGGAGAUCAAGGGCAAGUGGCAAAUGAAAGGACCGCCAGCGGUUCUAGUGAGCAAGUCGUCUGCCACGCAUUGUCGGCCGUGGGAGAACGGGCCCGACCAUAUAUGCCCUAUUAAUCGUACCCAUUCUGAGAUGGUCAAGUUUGGGCCCCACGAUCACGAAUACGACAAGGCUCUGACACGAAUUCGGGGUGUUGCUCGGCGGGCACUUGUAAUACGGCACCCAACUUUGUCGGCGUCGGCUCAGCGAUGCUUACGAUCGCUAGGCUUCCCGGAAGUAGACGCACGAUUUCACGACAUCAACCCCGCUACCCAAGGAACAUGUGAAUGGCUCCUUGAACACGCAACGUACAAGAGCUGGGCCUCUUCCUCUCGAGGUCUACUCUGGAUCAGGGGGAAACCCGGUUCUGGCAAGUCGACAUUGCUCAAGCACGCCCUCAGAAAUACCAUGAAAACAACCGAACCACUGAACCGGGCCCUCGUACUCUCCUUCUUCUUCCAUGGUCGCGGUACUGCGGAACUCCAAAAAACACCACUUGGGCUCUACCGAUCGCUCCUUCAUCAAAUCCUUCGGCAAGUCCCCGACGUUCUCGGACGUUUCGUCGACAGCUUCGACAGGCGGCUACAGGAAAAGGGGGAACCGGGAAAAGAAUGGGAAUGGCACCAAAACGAGCUGUGGGACGUCUUGGAGUCGUCACUUCCGGUGGUCUUGCAGACCCGCCCCGUCUGGCUCUUCAUUGAUGCAUUGGACGAAGCUGGUAGCGAGAAUGCAUGCCACAUACUUCAAAAAGUCAAGUCAUUAAUAGUCGGAGGGGUCGGAACGGUUGAAGGGAUGCCAUCCACUCCCCGACCAUUUCGCCUUUGUUUCUCUUGUCGCGAUUACCCUGUUCUUGAGGAGGAUUUCAAAGUUUUCAUCAAACCCACGGCCAACAACCAAAACGAUAUCUCAACAUAUGUACAAAGCCGGCUCGCCGCAUCCAAAUUAAGCCAAACGGAAAUUCCAACGUCGAUCGCGGAACGCGCUGACGGCAUUUUCAUGUGGGCUCGUGUCGUGGUGGAUCGAGCCCUGGACCUGUUCAGAGGCGGGAAGUCACUUUCGAGCAUCGAAAAAAUGGUCGAAACUACGCCACCGGAACUGGUUGAUUUAUACCGGAUGCUUCUCAAAGACAUCAAGACCGACGAAAGGCUAGCCUCCCUGAAGUUGAUCCAAUGGACUUGUUGUUCCCUAGAGCCCCUUUCGCUCGACGAACUGCGAUGGGCCAUGAUCGUCGACGCCGACAUUCGAGGCUCACACAACUCGCUGGAGAAGUAUCGGGAAGAGGAAGACUUCACGCACGACAACGAUGCCAUGGAAAGGAAAGUGACGACACUCAGUCGCGGCCUUGUUCAGGUCGCGCUCUCAUACGACACCCGGGUUGUCCAAUUUAUCCACCAAUCAGCCAAGGACUUCUUCGUCGAGGAGGGUCUGAGGCUUCUAACUUCGGCCGUGACCGAUGCCUCCGCGACUGAUGCCAUUGGAGUGGCGCAUUAUCAGCUGUCCAGGACCUGCAUAGGUUACUUGGCAAUGGAGGAGAUCGGUCGGGCAAUGGAAACAUGCCUCGAUCCUAACACUCUAAGGAUCGGCUUUCCUCUACUCCGCUACGCUACAGUCUCGUGGACGGAGCAUGCCAAACAGAGCGAGAAAAAAGGGGUCUCUCAAGACGAUCUUCUAGACUAUUUUGGCUGGACGUCAAAUCAUCUUCUAGACCGAUGGGUGAACUUGAAAAGGAUAGUAGGGAGCUUGCUUACCGCGGGCGGGCUAGAUGGACGCGGGCUAACCAUGAUUCACGUAGCAUCGCGCUACGAGUUAAUGGGGUUGCUGCGCACAAUCCUAGAAAAGUCUAGACAGGUUAACGUUGGCAUCAACGCUGUUGAUGAGCAUCACCGGACGCCGCUCUGGUGGGCUGCUCAAGAGGGGCGGGUGGCCGCUAUGCGGGUAUUGCUCGAUCACGGGGCAGAUACUGAAGCCAGGGAUAACCAGGGUCUGACACCACUCUUGCGGGCUGCUAGAGGCGGGACGGAGCUCGCUAUACGGGUAUUACUCGAUCACCAGGCGGAUAUUGAAGCCAGGGAUGCCCGGGGUUUGACGCCGCUCUCGUGGGCGGCUACUAGCACGGAGCGGGGGAGCGAAGCUGCUAUACAGGUAUUGCUCGAUCACGGGGCAGAUAUUGAAGCCAGGGACAACCAGGGUUUGACGCCGCUCAUGUGGGCUUUAAUAAUGUGGCCUGUGAGGGAAGCUGCUAUACGGGUAUUACUCGAUCACGGGGCAGAUAUUGAAGCCAGGGAUAACAAGGGCCUUACACCACUGUCGCGGGCUAUAAUAAUGUGGCCGGGGGGGGAAGCUGCUAUACGGGUAUUACUCGAUCACGGGGCAGAUAUUGAAGCCAGGGAUAACGAGGGCCUUACACCACUCUCGCGGGCUGCUAGAAACGGGGAUGAGGCUGCUGUACAGGCGUUGCAACGUGCACGAGGCCAUCAAAUAACGUAGGAGCGGAUUUCGAGAGAGGUGUUAAUGGGAACCAUACCGAACUCUGAUCUAUCUGGAGCCCAGAGGAAUUAAACUUUCUCCGUUUACUUUUCUUUUGCC